UAUAAAGCUAAGAUUAUUAGUCCAUUUAUUGAUUAGUUUACCAACACUAAUCAACGACUAUUUUGUUAAUCUAUCACUUGCUUUUUAAGCAAAAAUGCCAAAAAUGAACUUUCCAGAGUCUCAAAUGUGUGUUUGCAUCUUUUCUUUGUUUUAGUAAUCAGAAAUUGAACACAUGAUGGCAUUGUCUGAUGUUUUAUGGAGGAAUCUUAAACUAGAAAGUAGGUAACAAAUCUCCCACCGUGACCGCACAGCUGAUCACUAAACCAUCAGAUUAGUUUCCAGAAUGAUCUUAACUUGUUCGAAAGUGAUCUGGGCGUUCCUUGGUGGUCCUCCCGGCCUCUCCUCCCCCUCCCUGCGGGGAUUGCCCACCAAUCGCAAGGGCGGGCGAGAGAUUAGCUCCUCAGAUUAAAGUGGGCACCUCCAAACCCUGUCUAAUCCCACCAUCUGUCAGAGAGCAGCUAACCGGCUAAGACUCCACUGGGCUGAUCAGAAAGCCGAGGAGAACGAGGCGGGGCGGACCAAACCGACCUCCAAAAGACCCACUCUUCUGGCAGAGAGAGACGAUGGAGGAGACGUACCUUCUCAAGCAUCCAGGAGUCAAGAAGAAGAUUCUGGCGGGAGGCACCGGACCGCUGCCACACUUUGCACCUGGGACAAAGCUGGUUUUCCAUUUCCAGACGCUGCUGGACAACUUUGAGCGAACCGUCAUCGACGACAGUCGACUGGCCGGCAGGCCGGCGGAGAUCUUUUUUGGAAAGAUGUUUAAAAUGGAAGUCUGGGAGACCCUGCUGGCGUCCAUGAGGAUCGGAGAGGUGGCGGAGUUCUGGUGUGACGCCAUCCACACAGGCUUGUACCCCAUCGUGUCUAAAGGAAUGAGGCUAAUCGCUCAAGGGAAAGACCCGCUGGAGGGCCAGAGACACAUGUGCGGCAUGGGAAAUAUGUUCAACUAUCAUUCCACGGGUUUCCCAGAGCUGGAUGAGCUAAUGAGAACUCCACAGUCACUUAUAUUCAUCAUGGAGCUGCUGCAGGUGGGAGACCCGUUGUCCUACCAAAGAGAGUCGUGGAUGAUGGAAAAGGACGAGAAGCUGCAGACGGUGCCGAUCCUCCACAUGCAGGGCAAUUUGUUAGUCAAGCAGACAAAGUACAGAGAGGCCGCCAGCAAGUACAAGGAGGCCGUCCUGCUGCUGAAAACAGUCCAGUCCAGAGAGAUGCCGGGGGACAUAGACUACAUUAAUCUGGGUCGAAUGAUCAUCCCCCUGGAGUUGAACUUCUGCCAGUGUAUGUUGGAGCUGGAGGAGUAUUAUGAAGUUAUAGAGCACACCACCGAACUGCUGGAGAAACACAAAGACUGCGUGAAGGGCUACUACAAGAGAGCCAAGGCCCACGCCGCCGUGUGGAACGAGAAGGAAGCCCGCAGGGACUUCCACAUGGUGGUCAACCUGGACGUCACGCUGGCCUCCCUCAUCAAUCGAGAGCUGAGAGCCCUGUCAGAGACCAUGAAGGAGAAGUACUGGGAAGAGAAGGAGAAAUACUGGAACAUGCUGGAGAAAAAGGAGAAAAAUGAAGACGAGGGAGAAGAAGAAGAAGACGAGGAGGAGGGAGAAGAUGAAAGACAAGAGACGAGUGAAAGUUUGGCAGCAGAGAGUCCAGUUGAAGUCGGGGGAGACAAAGGUGAAUCCGAAACUCCAUCCAUUAUCUUUGCUGAACCCCAUAAAGAGGAUCCCGGGGGAAAUAAGGUUACACCAACCGAAGGAAGAGAUAACGAAGCGGAAGAACGCUCUUCUGUGAUGAAUCCAAGCGGCGGCGCUGAGAAGGAGGAGAAGGACUGGCAGCAGAUGUUACGGCUUGUCAUGUUUCUGCAGAAGGAAGGAAACUUCCUCAUUAAAGAAAACCAAUUCCAAGAGGCUUCUGUAAAGUUCAAGGAGGCCAUAGAGUACGUGGACGUCCUUCGGAAUAUGGUGGAUCCGCGGGGCGAGGACCGGGACUCGCUGGAGAAAGUGUGUCUCCCGCUGACCCUCAACCUCAGCCAGUGCAUGCUGGAGCUCAAAGAAUACCAGCAAGUGGUGGAGCUCAACGGCAAACUGCUGAAGAAACACAAAGGUAACUUCAAGGCUGUGUAUCAACGUGCAAAAGCGCACGCCGCUUUGUGCAACAAGGAUGAAGCCCGGAGGGACUUUGAAACGGUGGAAAAACUGGACCCGACGUUCAAACCCUUUGUCCGGCAGGAACUGAAAAAGCUUGGUGAGAGGGUACGCAUCAUGCAGGUCCACCAGAACAAGACUUACCGGGACACGACACAGGAGAAGUGGGGGCCGGGUGGGAGCAAGUCGAAGAGUGCAGCCGGGAAGAAACAAGCAAAAUGUUCACAGAAAGCAUCCGAAGAAAACACCAAAGUAGGUAAAAAGACAGAAAACAGUGAGAUGGACGACGGAGAAGAAAAACCCACCCCAGCUGAGACUGAGGGAGUGGGAUGGGACGGGAAAGCAGAGCAUGGUAAUAAAGAGCCAGAGAGCGGGAGAGCGGGAGGAGAGAGGUUAGAUAAGGGAAAUGUACACAGUGUCGAGGUUCACGAGGACGAGCGGGGUGAACCGGAUAACCAAGCAGGAGACGGAGAUAGCGAUCCCGCAACCACCAGUACAGGCAAAGAUAAUGUAGAGAGCACAGAAUCGGCGCAGGAUAAGGUCGGACAGGAAGGUCAAAUGCCAGUCAGGCCCAAGCACAAGCCAAGGGAACAAAGACCCCUGUGAUAAGACAGGAGACGGUGGCCCCCAUUCCGAAUAGACCCGCGGGUUGGAAUUGUCUUGUGCAGAGCCGAAGAACAACAGGGACAGAUGAAUACAUCUUAUGCUGAGACAGCGCGAUGGGAAAGGGAUAAACGGCUAAACCCCAAGUCACAACAAGACAAAUUGAUCGCACACAAGCCCGAAUAUAAACAGGGUGCAUUGGGCCCCCUUCUGAGUCGAGUUUCAUUGUUCAGUUCUCACGGGGAAAACUGCAGGCACUUGAAAAAGCACAGCCAGGCGAGCAGUUUGUCAAAUACAAAGAUUUUAUUACUGUACACAAAUAGUAAAAAGCAGCCAGAAACCCAACUUGUUAUUACAGUAAAAAGCCUUUCGUCAGAAAACCUUUUGUACAGAUUAAAAACUCCAGAGAAAAGACAGCGAGAAGUGUUCGAGCGGUGGACAUUAACAUGGAAUCCAAACAAGAAACAUCUCAAUGAUUAAUGAGGUAUAUUAACGGUGAUCUUAACAAAAAAAGCUACACCAGUAAUGAGUGUGUGUGUGUGUGUACACAUGUAUUAGUAUUAACAACACCGUGUUGGAGGUUAGAUGUGAGAGGUGACACAGAAGCUCAGAUGCGUGAUAGCUACGACGCAGUGCAACAAAGGCGGUGGAGUAACGAUGGCGAGGCGCAGUAACAGAAGCCCAGAGAGACAGCAGUGUCCUCUGGGGGAGAGGGGGGGGGACUCGUGCCUCCGCGAGGGAGACGUUUUUCGCCAAUCAAACGGCUUGAGUCACACCACGGGGAGCAGAAGGUCUGUUUUCGACGGGCGCCGGGGACGUGGGGAGCUGCAGCUGGACGGCCGUCGAGGGUCCUCUAGACGCUAGUGUCAAAAGGCAGCAGAGGGAAGGUGUGGGGACGAACCGCUUGUUUUUAGCUCAACCUGCCUCAUCCGUGUGUAUUGCCUUUAAACAAACAGGAGCAGUGUUAACAGGCGGCCCCGUGGGGAGAUCUUCUGCUUCUUCUUUUCACUGUCACAUCGUUCUCGAUGGAGCUAAAAGUGAUCUUCAAUCUGUGAUGAGAUGUAUGAAUACCAUUAAAUAAAUGUCUAUGAAUAAACA